UACGUACAUAUGCACACAUAUAUAUGAUUACUAUGUGAUUUCUUUGAAGUACAAUUAAAAAGACUGAUACGUAACGAUAAUAGCUCAAAAACAAUUUUAAUGUACGUCGUAAAGUGAGGAAAAAAAAUUGAUCUGAUGAAAUUAAAAUAAAAAAGAUAAUAACCUUUUUAAAUAUUAUUAAUUGAAUAAUCAUAAUAAUAAUAAACGUGACAAAGUGCAAGUAAAAAGUUUUUUUUAAAAUCCUAAUACUUGACUUGUUAUAUAUUUCCAAGUUUACUAUCAGAUAAAAAAAAAACGUGGUUACUUUAAUGUUACUCCAAUAUGAUUUUCCACAUUUCUUUGUAUGUAAUCUCAUAAUCUUCAAGUACUUUGUGUUUAUUAUUUAAAUUAAAUAUAUAAAUAUUGCAACAUAAAUAAUUAUAAAAUUGUAUCAAUUAAAUUAUUUAAUUACAAUGGUAUUUACAAGAUUUUUUAUAAAAAAAGAGUCUGAUGAUUUGUCUACUCCAGCUUCUGUAAGCAAACCAACACCUGGUAUGCUGUGCAUUGAAGAAGGACUCGGAAAGUUGCAUAGAAUCCCAGUGAAUUCGAGUUUAGCAUCUGGAGUUCUGAAAGACGGGCAAUUAACAAAACCAGAAACUGUAAUUAAUAAUUGUUCUGAUGAAACAGUAAAUACUACUGGUGACAAUGUACUUAAACAGGGACUAGAUGAUAGUCCAGAAACACCAAGAGCUAGUUUUUUAGACGGAAUAUUUGGUUGCAUGCGACCAUUCUGGGCCUUGUUGUCAAAAGCAACCGUUGCUGAAAAAAUAAAAGGUUCCUCAGACGAUUGGGAAAUACCAUUUGAAAAUAUAAGCGACCUCCAAUGGCUUGGAUCAGGUGCUCAGGGCGCAGUAUUCAGUGGUAUAUUAAAUAAGCAAAUAGUUGCUGUUAAAAAAGUACGCGAGCCUCGCGAAACUGAUAUUAAACAUUUACGUAAACUCCAUCAUCCGAAUAUCGUUAAAUUCCGAGGAGUUUGUACCCAGGCGCCUUGUUUCUGUAUUAUUAUGGAAUACUGCCCAUACGGGCCGCUCUAUGAUUUACUGAGAGCUGGUGAAUUUAUUCCACCCCAUCGUUUGGUUACGUGGUCAAAACAAAUAGCCGCUGGAAUGGCUUAUCUCCAUGCUCAUAAUAUCAUUCAUCGGGAUUUAAAAAGUCCCAAUGUUCUGAUUGGUCCCGAAGAGGUUGUCAAGAUAAGCGACUUUGGUACAAGCAGACAGUGGAAUAAUCGUAGUACUAAAAUGACAUUUGCUGGUACUGUUGCUUGGAUGGCACCUGAAAUAAUAAGAAAUGAACCAUGCUCUGAAAAAGUUGAUAUAUGGUCUUACGGAGUUGUCGUAUGGGAAUUACUGAGUGGCGAAAUCCCUUACAAGGAUGUUGAUUCAUCAGCAAUUAUUUGGGGUGUUGGCAAUAAUUCUCUACAUUUACCGAUACCGAAAAAUUGGCCUGAAGGAUAUCAAUUGCUGGUGAAACUUUGCUGGUCUGAAAAACCAAAAAACCGACCGUCAUUUGGACACAUCGAGUCACAUUUAGCAAUUGCUGCUGUUGAUGUACUUGGUACUGAACCGGAUGAAUAUUUCAAAGCUCAACAGACAUGGAAAAGUGAAAUAAGAUCGCAUUUAGAAGAAAUGCAACGGAAUAGUUCGACGGGUUCAAGAUUCGAGUCUCAAAUAUCUGAUUUAUUAGAACGGCGUAACAAUGAGUUACGUCAUGCUCAAGAAAUACGUGAAUUGUAUGAAAAAAAAUUGGAAAAAACAAAUAAUCUUUACUCCCAAAUAAGCACCGCUUUGUUAGAAUUACAGCAACGUAAAGAAAUAAUAUCGAAGAAGAAAAAAGAAAAGAAAUCGAAAAAUCCGUUGAUGAAUCAGUUGAGAAGAAAGCGUAAAAAUCCUCAUCAGAAGUCAAGCUCGACAACACCGACGACACCAUCAUCACCAAUUGAAUCGCAAUUACAAUCACCAGUCAAAGCUACUCUUUGCACACAAAUUAACGUAUCGACAAAUCAACUAGAGACUGUAAUUAUACCACCGAGUAACAACAAUAGUUUUAAACAAAAAAAAUACCGUCAUCGACGUGUUGGAUCCGGCGGAGUCACCACAACAAGUUUACGCUCGUCACCCCACCGUGAACGUAAAAGUGGCGAGAUGUCUGCUAAAUAUGUUAAUCAUCAAACCCAAACGGAUAUUACGAGCAUAAACAAUUCAAUUGAUUCAGUUGCUUGUUUUUCACGUACUCAGAGUACAAGACACUCAAAGACAACAUUAAAUUCACCUUUGAGUGACAAAUUCAUUGAUUUACCAGACUGUAGGAUAUCAUUUGACAGCGGAAUUAUUGGAGAAUGCAGCAAUGGUAAUCUUGGUGAAAAUACCGAGUGCUUUUAUCAUCAUCAUCAUCAACAAGACCAAACUAGCCGGUGUUCAAGUCCGGAUAUGUGCAAUGGCAACGAAAGAUUGCGACAAUGUAGCGAAGAUGAUGACCUUGAAUCACUAGGUAGAAAAGUAUCUGAGAUUAUAAAUGCCAAUCGUUUAAUUUCAUCUGUUGACAAUGGAAAUUGUGAUGAUGCUAUUAUGCAUAGUUAUAGCCAAAUGCAAGAAGACUUGACAAACUUACCUCAUGAUUUUGGUACAAUAACAAUAAGUGGAUCAGUUACUGAUGAUUACUUAGAUGUGGAGACACCAAUUAAUAAAGACAGUGGAUCGGUAACUGUAGAAGAUGAAAAUUAUAAUGAUAAAAGAGUUGAAUCAACGAGUAAUGAAGAUGAUGAUUAUGAUGACGUUGAUGAUGAAGAAGGUGAAGCUUCUGGAAGUUAUAGUUUUGAUUUUUCACUUCGGAGUCGGAGUUUUGGAAGAAAACCAAUCAGGCCGGGAUCACGUAAAAGAAGAUUGAAGCAAAACCCCCAAGUUGAUCAGUGCCUAGCAUCAGAUGAAGAAAAUACAUCUGAGUAUUCACAUCCACCGUCCAGUCACACAUCGACUCUCGAGAGUAACCCAGACGCUCAACGAGCUUACAAGAAGGCUACUAAUCGUGCAUUUAAAGAAGCUAAUUAACUAUUUCUUCUCAACUUUCCUUAACAUAAUAAUUAAUUGUUAUGAGCUAAUUAGUCUAUAAUUUAGUCGACAAGUCGCCAAACAUUUCUUUAGAUGUAUAGACAAUUAUUUUUUUUUUCAUGGUAAUUAAAAAUGAGUAGACGCUUAUUAUUAUUUUACUUUAACGUGUUCACGCAUUACAUGCCAAUGAAAAAAAAAAACAUGAGAUUAAAUGAUGCUGAUUGUCUAUGAAUUAAUUAAUUAACGCGUCUUGAGACAAUUAUAUAUUUAUAUAUAUAUAUA